AUGGCCCCUUCAGUCAAUGAAUUCCAGCACAGCAAUCCCCCGAUCCACGCCUCAGUCUGCAAAGUCGGCAUCAAUGGAUUCGGCCGGAUAGGUCGAAAUGUUCUCCGUGCUGCUCUUACACGAACCGAUAUCCAGAUCGUCGCCAUUAACCACACUUGCACGUCCGUCCAAGACCUCGUCUAUCUCGUCCGCUAUGACUCCUCGAUGGGCAACCUCUCCGAGAACACUCCCAUCCAUAUCCUCAACGACAACCUGAUCAGCAUCAACGGCCGUCAGAUCGCCUUAACCUCCGAGCGGGACUUGAAGAAGCUCAACUGGCCCGCUGUGGGUGUCGAAUAUGUUGUCGAAUGUACGGGCAAGUUCACCAAACGUGAUCUCGCCCUGGAUCACAUCACCUAUGGCGGAGCCAAGCGGGUUGUGAUCUCUGCCCCCAGCUCCGACUCUCCUACAUACGUGUAUGGCGUAAACUCGGACCAGUAUGCAGCCGACGACGAUCGCAGGGUCAUCUCGUGUGCCAGCUGCACGACCAACUGCGUCACCCCGGUGUUGAAGGUGUUGCACACCCAAUUCGGUAUCGCCCAGGGGUUCCUAACCACAGUGCACGCCGCGACCCGGUCCCAGCAGGUUCUGGACGGGUACAGCAAGAAGAACCGCCGACUGGGCCGCAGUGUCUUUGGCAACAUCAUUCCUACCAGUACCGGCGCUGCAAAGGCCAUUGCAACCGUGCUGCCAGAGCUGACUGGAAAGGUCACGGGCGUGUCGAUUCGUGUCCCAACACCCAACGUCUCCAUGAUCGACUUGACCGUCAGCACCGAACAACCCACCUCUCUAGCGGAGAUUAUCGCCGCCUUCCGUCGCGCAUCGAAAUCCGAGCUCGCGGGGGUUUUGGCCGUCACCGACGAAGAGCUUGUCAGCAGCGACUACCACGGAAACCCGCACAGUGCGAUUGUGGAUGCGCCUGCAUGCACAGAGCUGAAUCCUCGGUUCUUCAAGAUCAUGGCGUGGUACGACAACGAAUGGGGCUACUCUACCCGACUGCUGGAUUUGACGGCGCAUGUUGCGUCGCAGGAGAUUUAACCCCGUGUUUAUAGAUAAUGACAGUGGAUAAGACUUUAAUACCCUGAUAAAUCG